AUGUCAAAGCCACGUCCUGCAAUUCCUCCAAAGCCUGCAAGGUUAUCAAUAAGUUCUCAGAAACGAACCACUUCUGUUAGUUCUGAAAGAUCUACUUUCACUGAGGAUUUGUCCGAAUCGCCUCGAUGUUCCUCAAAAUUAAAUAUCGAAGACGACAGGACUCCCAGGGCUUCUGAAAUGUUCUCGUCACCUUCGACCGGUCGGCAGGCUAGAGCAUUAUAUGAUUUUGUGGGUGAAGCGUCAUUUUCCGAGUUAUCUUUUCGGGCUGGUGACGUCUUAAACGUGAUAAAAGGCCAACUUUCUGACGGAUGGGCUUUGGCUGAAAAGGACGGUAUAACUGGUCUCGUUCCUGAAGCUUAUAUCACCUACACUACUGACUUUAUGGAGCUUCCAAAUUCUACUUUUUCAACAAUGUUAUCUUAUCGACUCGCUGAUCUAUCUACUUCUCCAGUUGAGUCAACAUCUAUUUCCCCAGUUGAGUCAACAUUCACUUAUUCAAUACGCGAUUCAAUGGAUGGCUCUAUGAAUGAUUCGAUGACCAGUUCAAUGUUUGGAUCAAUCAAUGGGUCAUCACGUAACAAUACUCUACUAAGGAAACGUCAAUUAAAUCGAUUUAGUUGGUUUGUUACAACUGGUGUUGAAGAAUAUAUCAUAAGUGGUGGACUGCCGCUUCAAGGUGUAAAUUCUUCAGAAGUUUCAGAAGUGGAUGUAACUGAAACUGAUAAACAUUAUAUACAAGGUGGUCCAAGUUGGUUGGAGAAAUCACCAGGUUUUAAAAUUAUGGUACAUAAUCCCGAAAAACGUGUUAAACUUGGUGGUGUUCAGGAGUAUACUAUUUUUCACGUAACUUCUAUGUUCUCAGAAGGCGUUCAGAUCACUGUUGAAAGAAGGUUUAGUCAAUUUGAGUGGCUGUAUAACCGUCUGGUGAAUAAAUUUGGCGCGUUCGUAUUGCCUCCUCUUCCUGAAAAGCAAUAUUCUGGGCGUUUUAAUGAAGAAUUUAUAGAAAAGCGUCGCCGCGCUUUAGAAAGGUUUAUCAAUCGGUUGGCUCGUCAUCCAAUUAUUCGAUAUUCUGAAAUUCUGACUCAUUUUCUUAGUUGUAAUGAUGAUUCGGAAUGGCGUAAACAAGAAAAACUGUUUGAAGCUGAUAAACUUGUUGGUCAUGCAUUUUUCCAACAUGUUUACCAUCCAGAAUUCAACGUGGAUGAUAGAGAAAUUGAGACUAUGGAACGAUUUGAAUCAUAUUCUCGAGCUAUGGAAAAGUUUAUGCCAUGGCUUAAUGAGGCAUCGCAAGCCCAUAAAGAUUCGUUAGAAGAAAUGCAUCAACACUAUCGUAAGAUUGGCUAUGCAUUACUUAGGCUCAUUACAGGCCAUGAUAAUAGUGAAAGUAAUGAUUCUAUAAAUGAUGAAGGCGCAUGGUGCUGGAGGGACGGAUGUAAAGCUUGUCUUAGUCUUACUAAAGCAAUUCAAUCCACUGUUGAAAGCAUGCAGACUAUCGCAGAUAUGUAUAAAUCACAUGUGAAUGACACGUGCAUUACAUGGAUUGAGAAUCUUAAUGAAUAUAGCUAUCCAGCCAGAAGUUAUGAACUUUUGAUUGAUAUGCAUAAUGGUACGCAUAAAAAAUUUAAAGAAAUCUCUGAAGAAAAUAUAGGAAAAGAUCAAGAAUAUGAUAUGGAUGUAGAAACAAUUCGUUCUCGUUGUGACACAGUGUUCAACGUAACACUUUCCGAAGUUGAUCGUAUUCAUGACGAGCGUGUUCAAGAUUUUCAAGAAAACACUAAGCAAUAUUUAGAUGGACAAAUUGAAUUAUAUGAAAAGCCUCACUAUACUUCUCUUUCACAAACCCCACGUACACCUAGUCAAUACGAAAAUUUAAUUGAUGAUCAACGACCAAUAUCAUCACGUCCAGUUUCUGUCAGUGUCAGUUCAGUAAGUUCCAUGUCUGAUAUGGUAGGCGGAGUUGUAGAUGGUGUUGGUAGCAUGGGAAGUUUCUUGAAAAAGACGGCUAAAACAUCAAUUACGAAAGGUACAAUGUUUGAUUCUUGGUGGGGAAAAAAUUGA